AUGGAGAACAACUCCAAGAACAGCAAGAGUCUAAUCUCAAAGACCUUCCAAAGAUGCCGGUCCUUUGGCAGCAAGCAAACAAGGACUACACCAACCAUGGUCUUGAAGACAAGGUCACAGUCAGAGUCUCCCAGGAAGAAGAAGAAGGCACCGGAGGGAUGUGUCUCGGUGUACGUUGGGAAAGAGACUGAGAGAUUCUUUGUGCGCACAGAGGUCAUUAACCACCCACUGUUCAAGAAGCUGUUAGAUGAUGCUGAGAUGGUGUAUGGUUUUGCCACUGAAGGUCCUUUGAAGCUGCCAUGCAACGUGAAGCUCUUUGAAGAGGUGUUGUGGGAGAUGGAGAUGGAGAAGGAGAUGGUGGUUACUCCAUCACUGGCUUGUAGCUUCUCUAGGAGUUCUUCUGGGUAUCAUCUUCUCAGCCCCUCCAGACCCAUGGCCAUGCAUGGGUGA